CGUGUCUUCAAUGACCUCAGUGGCUCAGUGUCCCUUUCCUGGAUUGGAGAUAGCACUGGAGUUAUUCUUGUAUUGACUACUUUCCAGCUUCCCCUAGUGAUCAUGAGCUUUGGGCAAUCCAAAUUAUACCGAAGUGAAGAUUAUGGGAAAACUUUCACAGACAUUACAGACCUCAUUAACAACACUUUCAUCAGAACAGAGUUUGGAAUGGCUAUUGGGCCAGAGAAUUCAGGGAAGGUGAUACUGACUGGUGAUAGAUCUGGACCAUACCAUAGUGGAAGAAUCUUCCGAUCGUCUGAUUUUGCAAAGAAUUUUGUACUAACAGAUCUUCCUUUCCAUCCUUUAACACAAAUAAUUUAUCACCCUCAGAGUUCUGAUUUGUUAUUGACCCUCAGUACUGAGGGUAGCUUGUGGAUAUCAAAGACAUUUGGUGAGAAAUGGAAAGAAAUCCACAAAGAUGUUUGCUUGGCCAAAUGGGGUUCUGGUGGAACCAUCUUCUUUACUACCUACCUGAAUGGCUCUUGUAAAACUGAUAUCGGAUUAUUGGAGUUAAAGAAAACUAAAGACUUUGGAAAGACAUUCAAGUCCAUAGGCAACAACAUCUACUCCUUUGGCCUAGGUGGUCGCUUUCUUUUUGCAUCUGUGAUGAUAGAAAAAACCAAUACAAGGAGAAUCCAUGUGUCACUAGAUGAAGGUGAAACAUGGAACAUGGCUCAACUUCCUUCAGUUGGACAAGAACAAUUUUACUCUAUUUUGGCAGCGAAUGAUGACAUGGUGUUCAUGCAUGUAGAUGAACCUGGAGAUACUGGACAUGGAACAAUUUAUACCUCUGAUGAUCAAGGUAUCAUAUACUCCAAGUCCCUGGAAAGGCAUCUCUAUACUACCACUGGGGGAGAGACAGAUUUCACCAAUAUAACUUCCCUACGAGGCACCUAUAUUACCAGUGUGCUUUCAGAGGAUAAUUCCAUUCAGUCUGUGAUUACCUUUGAUGAAGGAGGAGAAUGGGUACACUUGAGGAAACCAGAAAAUGCUAAGUGUGACUCAACAGCCAAAAAUAAAGAAGAGUGCAACCUUCACAUUCAUGCCUCCUAUAGCAUCUCCCAGAAGCUGAAUGUACCUAUGGCACCUCUGACUGAACCAAAUGCUGUUGGAAUUAUUAUUUCUCAUGGAAGUGUUGGAGAUGCUAUCUCAAUAACAAACCCAGAUGUUUACAUUUCGGAUGAUGGUGGCUACACCUGGUCACGGACACUUGAAGGUCCCCAUCACUAUACAAUCUUGGACUCUGGGGGCAUCAUUGUGGCUGUUGAACAAACUCCUGUUGUCAAAGAGAUUAAGUUCUCAACAGAUGAAGGGCAGUGCUGGCACAGCUAUGUUUUCAGCAAGGAACCCAUCUUUUUCACUGGUUUGGCAUCAGAACCUGGAGCAAAAUCAAUGAAUGUUAGCAUCUGGGGAUUUCAAGAGAGCUUCUUAUCUCGCCAGUGGAUCUCAUAUACCAUUGAUUUCCAAGAUCUUCUCAGCAGAGACUGUGAAGAAAAGGACUAUACAAAGUGGUUGGCUCAUUCCAGCAAUCCCAAUAACCCCACAGAUGGAUGCAUACUGGGCUACAAGGAGGAGUAUAGACGCCUUCGCAAAUCCUCUGCUUGUAAAAAUGGCCGGGACUACAUUGUGACCAAGCAGCCAUCUGUCUGCAUUUGCACAUUAGAUGACUUUCUUUGUGAUUUUGGCUAUUUCCGCCCAGAAAACCAGUCUGAAUGUGUGGAGCAACCAGAGCUGAAGGGUCAUGACUUGGAGUUCUGCUUGUAUGGGAAGCAAGAGCUGUUAAAGACCAGCGGCUAUCGGAAGAUUCCAGGGGACAAAUGUGUAGGUGGAAAGAAUCCCAAACGUAAAGAGACAGAUCUGAAACAAAAGUGUACAAGCAACUACUUGAGAUCAAGUCCAUUGAAUACCUCUUCUAACUCUACUCCAGUCAUCCUGGCUGUAAUUGCCUUGAUGCUCAUCACUGCUGUCGCUGGAGUAGUCAUCAUUAAGAAAUACGUCUGUGGGGGAAGAUUUCUGGUUCACCGGUAUUCUGUCCUGCAGCAACAUGCAGAAGCGAAUGGCUUUGAAGGACUGGACGUACCUGGGGCCAAUAAAACUGGUUACCAUGACGAUUCUGAUGAGGAUUUGUUGGAGUAGUGAUGUUCUCACCAAGAUUGCACACUUCAUGGGCUUGGCUGCUGCUACAGAAGGGCAUGAAUGCCAACAGUCCAUUUUACUUCCGAUAUGGAUGCCUUCCCCGUAUCUGAGAGAGUCUAUAUUCUUUUUGCUUCUAUCAAAUGUCUAAAACGAACAGAGCUGCAAGAACUGCAUUAGAUUUUUUUUUUAAGGGUGAGGGCAAGGUUCUCUAACUCUUGAGGGAUGAAGAAGGAAAGCUGUUUAAUUUAAAUAUAAUUUUAUUUUAAUCAGAUUUUUCCAGCUCUAAAAGGAGAACUAAUAGGACUGUGAAACAAGGAUUUCACUAAAUAUUAGCGUUACUAGGUACAAUGUACUAUGCUGCUGGAAGAAACUCCCAAAUCCCCAAAUGGGAAACACAUACUGCGCUCCAACAUGGUGAUCAAAUUGCAAUGAAGCUCUUUAGCACAACAACACUCCUAGCAAACAGAGCAAUGAGAUGCUGGUCAGAGAUUGUGGGUAUUAACCAGCAUUACAAUGGGCUGUGUGCCAAAAUGCAUUUUAUUUUUGUUUCAUCUAAAAUGUAAUCAAAAUGGGUAGAUGUGUACUGUAAAGAUGACUCCAAGGCUUGAAAUAAGUCUGCAGCCCAACAUCCUAUGAUUCCAAGGAACUGAACUGUGAAAUUAGCAUGUGUACUGCCGUAAAUUCAAAAACAAACCGCACACCUCUGGAUGGGAAAGAGAUUUAAAAAAAAAUAUAUCUAAAAAUAAGCGGUACAGAUCUGUUAGAAGUAAGAGUUAUUUAAAUUGUUAUCUCUUUAGGUACUAAAUUAGAUACAUUAGAUCAGUUCCUUAAAGGAAACCUUUGUUACUUGUGGCAGCACUAUGAAGGUUUCAGUAUUUUCCUUUUCACUGUUUUCUUGAAAGCAAUAGAUUGGUGCUUGCCACUUCAUCACCAUUUUACUGUUGUGGAUUUAUGAGCCCCUCUGUAUCACUACAGUUAAGCUGCUAUAAUACCUUGUGAAAUCAUAUGCUUGAUUUUCUGAAAGUAAUAGAAAUUGAAUCUUCACAAUAUUUAAUUCAAACGGUCUUGAAGUCUAGUUAAAAACUGAUCUACUAGAAAACCAGUUGACCAGUUGAAAGCACUCCAGACCCCCAAUAGACAACUUUGAGUUUUAUAUGGGUAAACUUUUGCUUUCCCAAUGGGGCGAUUCCAAUGCUUCCCUCCAUCUGUGCUCCGGGAGGUUCUUUGAUCCUCCAAAAUAUAUUUGGAGUGCCGGUUGGGAUGGAAGGAGAGGAAUGUUUUCCAAUACAUUUAGCAGCUGAGUGAACGUUUCGGUCAGUUGCUGAAGCACAAUUGGGCAAAUCCAACUGUAACAAUGGUGAGGUUUUUCCACUAAUUGGGGGGGGGGGAGAGCUGCAGUGUACAGACCAUAAUAGGUGGUUAUUGAAGUUGAAAUUUGUGGUCCCCCCUUUAAAUUUGGGGUAAACUGGGGGAGGACUCUUCAUUAAAAAAAAUAUUUUAAGACUAUUUUAAGGAUUCCAUUACAGAUAUCAUGUGCUUGCUUCAGAAUAUUAGAAAACCAUUUCCAGGUUCAACUGUGGUAUCCAGAGUGAUAACUAAGCUGCAAAACACUGAGCAACAUUGCUCACCUCAUUGAUAAAACAAAUGGAAUCCUUUUAUUUGCACUCCAAAGGAAUGUUCAUAAACAUUAACCUUGGUUCUUGAUAGUUUUUAUUCAUCCAUUCAUUAAAGGAUUACACCCACAAAAAGAGACACUUGUUUCAGAUAUAUGAAUUUGGUUUCUUUCAAAAUAAAGAAUUGUGACUGACUUUUCUUCAUUUGAGAGUUGGGCUUGGCAAGUAGAAUUUUUAAAAAAGAAAUGGAAAAGAACCUCUCUUUUUUUAGGUUAGUUCUAAAUCUGGAUCUCAGGGUGUUUUGCAGGAUGAUGUUCAUCCAUCUAUUCCCUUCUUUCAGUCUUACCUGGAAGAAGAUUAAACCAGAAAAAAAAUACCCAUUCAAGGUUUGUGCAGGAGGCUCUCUUCUUCUCUACUGCCAUACUACCAACCUGGCACUUGAGAAAUACUUUCAAAGGCUAUGAUACUUGACAUGCUGCUAUCACAGCAUCGCAAAUCAUAGCUGUAGGGCAGGAGAGUAAGCAAAGACUCUGGGCUGACCAAAAAUGGAGGAAAUUGAGCUUAUAUUGCACUAAAUUGAGUAAUUACAAAUAUCACCUAUUUUAUAUAUUACACAAUCUCAUCCUGAUCUAGUAUACACAUUCCUAUUUGCAAAUUACCACCACCUGCAUUCUUUGGUGAUCAAUUGUUUAAUAUUUGUCUCAUCAUUCAUCUUCAUUUUCCUUUCUUUUCUUCCUGAUGCGGUCCCUAAGAGUAAGCUUGAUCUGUUGGAGAGGCAGUUAGCAUGUCACUGGUGAUUUGCAUCAGAUCAGUUAGGAUUUGUUAGUUAUUCAAAAGCCAGCUGGUACUUCAAGAAAGAGCAGGCUACUAAAGUUAUAACGCUUUCCAACUCUCCUUUGAUGGCAAUAAAAUGAGAGUGAGAAGUCUGAAAGCAAACGUUUGUCUUGAAUUUGUCCCCCAUCCCUCUCAAUUCUUGUGGCCUUACUGUGGUUUCUGAUACUCCUUUGUACCAUUGCAUAAUAUAAUUGAUUAUUGAUCCCUGAUGAAAAAAAGAUAAAUGCACCAACAGGAAUACUCAUAAGAUAAGAGAAAUAGCAGGAAGAAAUGUCUGUUCCUGGAAAACGUGUUCCACAUAACAACCCCACAAGUUAUUUUUUGCUUAUAGUAUUGGAUAAUACACAAGCACACCUGAUAUUUCAGUAACAUGUACAGUGCAAUGAUGUUGUUUAAAGCUCAUGGCUACCAGUUCUUGAACUAAAAGAGAUAAUUAGUCCUUUAUUACACUCUAAAACUAUUUAAACAUACUUGGGCAGAACCUCCACUAUGUAGAAUCAAAUUGCUCCACUAAAUUGGAUGUGACGACUGAAAACUGGUAUUGGAAAUGUAGGAGAAAAUCUGUCAUAGAUCUUCCCCAGCACAAUGUGUAUGUAAUAAGUGAUUACUUCCCCUCUCUAGUAUAUCUCAAUUUUCCCUGUGUAUUAAGGCAUCUCCAAGAGGCUUAGAAAUCUUGUUAUUGGGUAUUCAUCUCUCUCAGGCCUGGGAUCUCUUCCUUUGCCUCAUUUCCAUUGGCCUUUUCUUCUCAAGGUAGAGUACAUUGACUGACAUGGUGAGAACAUUCCAAUAAACUGAAAACUGCCCAGUAAAUCAGGGGCUUAUGACAGCUACACAUCUGCGCUGGGCAGUGGUAGUCUUCCUCCCAUAGUGUUGAAUAUGUAGAUAAUGUGACAUAUUUCUCACUGUUUUGUAAGUGUUGCCCAAGCAACAUAGCAACCAUGGCAGUGUUGCCAUUGCAUGCGCUUUGAAGCAUAAUUGUCUUCCCAAUGUGCCUGCGAGGCAGACCAUUCUUGUUCCAUACCAUCUGUGGGAUGGCUACCGAAUGCUGUGUAGCCAAAAGCCAUUGUUAAUAGCACUCCUCUAUACAGAAAUUCCCUAAGAUGUACAGUCUGAGGCAACACGCAAAAGAUAACACAAAGGAGCCAUGUAUAGAGUUUUGUAAAUAUGCCUGGCUAUAUUAUAAAUUUGUACUGGUAUUUUUCUGUAUAUUUGCAAUAUUUGGGUUAGAAUUAAUAAAUUGGCUUUUAUUUGGAG